AUGACGGAGUCUUCCUCGUCGGACCCGUCAGCAACGAACCGGUAUCCAACAGUCUCUACACAGCCAUCGCACCUUUCAGUCCAUCACAGUCGCCCGCAUGACGAUGACAUGGAAGGCAGCAGCCGGGAUCGCGCUCCCAUGUCGCCCUACAAAGACGAUGAUUCCGCGCCGCAUUCCCGAUCUAGUUUGGGGCGUCCACGUCUCGACCCCGACGAGCUAGAAGAAGGCGAGAGCGACACUGCGUCCGAGUUCGAUGCUUACUUACGCCAAGGCCGUAUCGAAGUCGGGCAGACCUGGGACGAUAGCAGCGAAGAUGAAGACGCCGCUCAUCCGCUGCAUCAGGAUCGCACGCUGCCUCUUGCGGCCACCUGCGACACCGCCGCAAGGCGCAGCAAGCGCGCCAACAAAAAGAAAGCACGGCCCGAGUCGUAUCUCCAGUCGCUUCGGCCGACCCGCGAGCAUCGCAAAACUUGGUGGAAGCUCCUCACCAAUCCAGGAACGCCAGCAAGCCUCUCGGCCCCUCACGUAUCGGCCAAUCUCUUCUCGGCCAGUUUGCACCCGGCUGUGCUGCUGUCCAUGCCCCACUACUUUGCCCGUACCGGCGUUCUGCUCGGAACGAUCGCAUUGGUCGUCGUCGCAACUUUGGGCGGAGUAGGCGGCGGGCUCUGGGUCGUUUUGAGCCGAUACGUCAAUGGCAGCUCGAUAGAGGCUAUCGUCGGUGCCAGCUUCGGCAGAUACACGCCUUGGAAGGGCGGUCUCGGCAGGGUAGUGUCGGGUCUCCUACUCGCACUGUACGCAACUGGAAGCGCCAUCAUUGGCUACUUUGCCCUCGCAGAUCUGCUGUUGCAGGUCUUCUUCAACUACGCGCCUCGAGGUGUACCUCUGCACGAUCGAGCUUUCGUCACCCUCGUCGUCGGCGGACUCAUCUCCGUUCCACUCGUCAUCUUUCCACUCGCCAAGCGCAAUGUGAUCCGACUCAACACUUUCUUCUCGCUGACCUUCUAUCCGAUUAUCAUCACCAUCAUCCUGGUCAAAAUCUACACCAGCACGCCUCCAGUGGUUCUUACUGCGGCCCCUUCGACCAGCGGCCGGCCGGUCGGGCGCGACGGAUGGCCCAACAUCAAUCCUCUGCAUCCCCCAUCCGUCUGGGCGCCUAUCUCCUUGCUGCCACUGCUAACGCUCAGUGCUUGCCCGCUGCAGAUCCUGGCGCAUCAGCGCAGUCUGCGCAGGAUCGGUACCUCGCGGUCAAACGUCAAGGCUUUCAUUGGCGCACAAGCUGGUCAGGUGCUCUUCAUCAUUGUCAUGGGCAUCCUGUUCGGUGUGGUUGCGGGCGUCAAUGGCGUGCAGGGACGAUUGCGAAAAAACAGCCAUCCGAAUCUGUUCGCCUCUCUGCCUAAUGAUGACGAUCUGAUCAAUGUCGCCAGGAUCCUCUUUGUUGCCAUUCUCGCCACGCAUCUUGCCAUCUGCCUCACCACGGCUCGCUCUUCGUGGGGCAGGCUGCUCCGGCAGCUCAACAUUCACCCGCUACGACGACGGCAGCAGGCCAUCCGUCUGCCUCUUGACGAGCCGGCUACAUCGUCACCCCUUGUUGGCGGAACGGGCGGAUCCAUGUCGCAUGCAAACGUGUCCAAUGCUACGCAUUCGGGCGAAGAGAUCUCGCAGAUCGGAAGGUGGAAGCGGAAGUGGGGCAAACCCGCUCGGAACGCUCUGGCUGGUCUUCUUCUGUGGGGCGUGACAGCGGCGAGUGCCUUCCUCUCAGGCGCCGGAGGUUUCCGUCGGACGGAGAAGGCAGGCGAGGAAGCAAGAUUCACUCGAGCCUCGGAGGUGCUCGGUCUGAUGGGCGCCGGCGUUGGCUUUGUGAUGCCAGGUCUGGUGUGGAUGAUUCUCUUCCACAUCCGACGGCCUCGCGCCAUCUUGCCACCGUUUGCGAGCGAGCUCGGCAGGACUGCAUCGGCUUACUUUAGUGGUCCCCUGUCAAUGCUGGCGAGGAAUCGUCACUAUCUGCUGGGAGGCGGUGGGCAGAAAGAAGACGGCGAGCGACAGCCGUUGUUGGCCGGUGCCGACGGUGCCGAUCAAGACCAAAACGAUGGUGCGUCCGCGAGUUCUGCCACCGCUCGACCUCGUGCGUCAAAUUCAGACGCUGCAAGCGCUGUUUCGGGACUGCACUCGCACCGCUCGAGCCGACACGUUCCGCCCGCGUCUCUGGACCAGGAUUCGGCAUCGAUUCCAAGCCAUCUUACAGAACAGACGAGCGAUGACCGCGACGAGGCCACGACGAUCCUGCUGGCUCGAAAGGAACGCCAGUUGCAACGUCGGACGCGGGGCAAGCGCAUUUACCAGGAUGUCAUCGUCUUUGCCGCGGUGCUGCCUCUGGGAUUUGCGCUGCUCGUCCUGGGAGCCAUCGAGCUCCAACGCGGUGGCUACUGA